AUGGCAAUACUCGCCGUGAGUGGCGUAGGCAGUGUAACAGCCACUAUUCGGGAUAAUGGCCACGGUGUGGUCGCUGUUCACGCCAGAAACGAUUCUGCGUCGUCGGAAACAACUGUGGUUCUGAUCUCGGAAGGGAUCGAUUUCGACCACGCGGUUGCCUCCGUCAUGUACCAUGCAAGAACGAUGGUAUCAGAGACACAUGGCGUGUCACAAAACCAUAACAAUAGUCGAGCAAAAUGGGAUUCAAAAGCUAUAACUGGGUGGAAGCCGGAAUGGCAAGAUGGUUUAGGAUUCUUUCUCAAUGCGAUAGAAGAGCUUGCCAGGAACAAGAUUCAAAUAACGAAUCUCAUUAUCGAUGACAACUGGCAGUCUCUGGAUCGCACUGGAAGUGAUCAAUCACAGUAUGGAUGGUCUGAGUUUGAAGCAGACCGCAACGCUUUCCCCAGCGGCCUGAGAAGCGUGGUAGCACAAAUUCGAAACUUGCACCCAGCUCUUCAGAAUAUCAUCGUAUGGCAUGCCAUGCUGGGAUACUGGGGCGGCAUCUCACCCAAUGGGCUUAUUGCGAAGACUUACAGCACAAUCAAGGUAGCCCAAGAGGGUGAAAACAGCCAUCCGCUGACCAUUGUUGGCAAACCGGAUGUAUCGCGGUUAUACAACGACUUUUACAGAUUCUUGGCUGAGUCGGGAAUUGAUGGCGUCAAAGCUGAUGCGCAAGUCAUGAUCGACAUGUUGAAAGAUGCACCAGAUCGUCGAGAUCUGAUAUCUACCUACCUCGACGUCUGGUCCAAGACCUCGGAAGAGUAUUUUGGUGGCAAAACCAUAUCAUGUAUGUCCCAAUUUCCAUACUCUAUCUUCCGCUCUCAAUUACCCCGAAGUAGAGGAGAGUUUUCUGUCAGAAACUCGGAUGAUUUCUUCCCAGAUGUUCCACGGUCACAUCCGUGGCAUAUCUGGGCCAACGCACACAAUGCCAUCGUCACUCAGUUUCUGAACGCGGUUCCGGAUUGGGACAUGUUCCAAACUGUGCACAGCUACGCAGAGUUUCAUGCCGCAGCACGAUGUGUAAGUGGCAGCCCAAUUUACAUCACAGAUAUCCCAGGCAUGCACAACAUGCAUCUGAUCAAGCAAAUGACUGCUACUACGCCACUUGGUCAGACGGUGGUUCUUAGACCGAGUGUCCUGGGCAAAUCAAUGUGUGCCUAUGCCGGAUAUGAGGACGGUUUGCUUCUGAAAAUUGGCAGCUACAAUGGGGCAUCCCAGACGGGCACUGGCAUUCUUGGCAUUUUCAAUGUUUCAACAAGGCAUCUCACCGAAAUUAUUCCUCUGGGGCUUUUUCCUGGGGUGUUUCAAGGAGGAAAAUACGCCGUUCGAUCACAUACAACAGGACAGACUUCGGCGCCGAUGACAACGGGCGCCCCAGACUCAGUAAUUGCUGCAUCGAUAAAUGAGGCAGGAUAUGAGAUUUUAUGCGCUUUCCCGCUGGCACAAUUUAAGAGUGGUCGAUAUGGCAAUGGAUACGCUGGUGCCGUUGGCUUGGUUGGCAAGAUGACUGGAUGUGCUGCAAUGACAUACAGCGGUGUAGUUCAACGGGAUUCUGGCACAGUCAUCGUGACCUGCAACUUGAAAGCGUUGGGUACCCUAGGUGUGUACAUUUCUACGCUUCCGCACUUGAACAUUGAAGACGACUUCAUGGUAGCAAUCGAGGACCAGCCUGUUCGGUUCGAGACGGUAAGUAGAAGUGAAGAUGAUGAGCGAAUUUUUGAAAUCGAUGUUGAAAGAGCUUGGGAAGAGGUCGCGGUGAGCACUAUGCAACGAGGUGAAGUGCAGAUUAAAGUGAGCUUCCAGCCUUGA